GGAAUGGACUGUUGAGUGGAACCUUUCGUCCUAUCGCUUCUUAUAACAGGGGGAUUGAAGCCGAAGGCAGUUAAUCAAAAUGCCUGAGGAGAUGGCAGACGGUGGGAGAAAGCUUGUAACGCUCGGCGACCUCAUCGAUGCCCUGGAUAAGCGCGAGAGAGCGCCGAACAAUGUCCCGAAGGUUGAUAAUUUCCACUUCAAGGAACAACGGGUGUCCGACUUGCUGGACCUGACGGAGCAAGCACUGGUGGGGCUGUCGGACGAGGUCAAUCUCCAGCGAGUUCUGAGAUAUGUCCUUCAUAGCCACCAUCAGGAAGUGGGCAAGGUCGUGGAUGCCGCCAAUGGUAGUUGGGCGAGGUUCGGGGACAUGAUGCAGAGAAAGUACAGGUUGGGGGAUGGCUUGCUAACCAUGGCGGAUUUGGAGGCCAUGAACAAGGAUGACUUCUCCACGAUUGGGGCGUUUGUGCACGAGUUUAAAAGGAAGGCGCGGAAGGUGCACGGGAUCUCCGAAGAAACGAAGUGUGCCAUAUUUUUGGGUCUGCUUACUAGCUCGGAGGCCUCGGAGCUGACGGGUCACGGAGGGGGAAAUGAGAAACUCACCUGGGCCACUAUCGACAAAGGGGUGGAAGAGGGGAACCUGGACCAGGUGGAGCAGCACCAGGUGCAACUGCAAAGGCGCAAGAGAAAGGAAAGGGACGCCACCACGUCCGGGACCCCAGGGGUGAAGAGGAUCGUCACGGACGUAUUGGCAGCGCUGGGGUAUGAUAAUGAGGCGGAAGUGCAAAAGAGGGGAGUGACCGUGGCCCAAGGCCGGACGUCGGGGGCAGUGGAAGAGGAGGCUAGGCGCGAGGACUAUGGCAGAGAAGAGACGGGCUCCCUAAUCCUAACCAAGGCCCAGAGGAAGCAGCGGAAUUUACAAGUGGGGGGUCAAGGAUCCGGAAAGGGGCAGGUCUCGCAAGCGAUUGCUGCGACGCCACCUGCUGCCACGACAACAUCAGCGACGGUCGGGCUGUCAUGUAUGGGGUCGCCAUCGGCUUGUGGGCACUGGGCCUCGCAGGCUAGCGUGGCCGGUGGAGGAAACCAAGGACAAGGCGGACAAGGCAAUGGAGGCCGAGGUCAAGGGGGUCGAGGGGGUGGGGGCCGAGGCUGGGGAGAAAACGGUGGGGGUCGUGGGGGUGGUUGGAAUGGUCAAAGGGGCCAGAACCAAGGUGGCCGGGGCGGCCAGGAAGGGGGCCAAGGGUAUGGGAGGCCCCGCUUUGAUUGGCGAAAUGCCACCUAUUGGCAUUGUGGCGAUGUAGGCCACACUGUGCGGUUCUGCGAGCGGCGGCGGGAGGAUGAAUUGUCAGGGUUAAUCUCCUUCUGUAUGGACGGGGAUAUAUAUGACAAGUGGGGUGAGCAUAUCAACCCCAGGACCCCGGGAGGAAUCAGGCAAAAGGCUCUCCGGCAAGCAGCAGCGGGACCCACAGCACCCCCGACAAUGUUUAGUAUGUGGCCGGAGAAGGAAGAACCGACCGUAAGAGUCGAGGAGAUUGUAGGGGAUAGUGAGGAGAUCACUCAGCGACUAAAGGCGGGGACUGUAAGGGAGGAGCCAAUAGUCGUCGAAUCGGAUGACGAGGGGCAGGAAAGCGAAGGAGAGCCAGCCAUAGUUCUCCUGGGGAGGAUGGAAGAUCUGCUGGAAAAGGUGGGAAGGUACCAGCGGAAGUUGCAGACCCUAUGUGAAGAAGCCCGAGAGUGGGAGGCCAAUCUGCCUGAGGUCUUCCUCUACGACUCCGGACCUGAGCCUUCGUCAGGACAACAGGGGUACCCAAGAGUGGCGACUGUAGGGACGGGCCCUAGGUCAGGUAUGGCCUAUAGACCCCCCACGCCGCAUGGGAGGGUGCCGCAGGCGGCUCAGACUAGGAGCCAAAACAAGGCCGGGCCUAGCCAAGAGCCCAGUCAGGCACCCCCUCGAAAGGAGCCUGAGCCAGGACGUAGGAAAGAGGUGGUGGAGGUCCCGGAGGAAGAGGAAGAGGAUGACGACGAAGAGGAUGAGAGGCUCCGACAAGAGGAGGAUCAGCGGGCGGAGCUGAGGGCCAGAAAGAGAGGAGCCCGGGAGGAGGCCGAGCCGAGCCUACCCGACAACGUACCUAAGAGGAAGAAGUACGAGGUCCGGAUGGAGGAAGACUUUGAUGUGGAGCGGAUGGUGGACAAGCUUCUGGAAGGCCACAAUGACCUGAUGAACCUGAAGGACAUCCUGGCAUCGGCACCAAGGCUCCGUGGUGAGUUGAAAGGGCGACUCUCGCGAAGGUUGGUGCCAAAUGUCCAUCUGAGUACGGUCCUUCCCAGGGAGGUGGAGUGGACUGAGGCAUGGACAAGGAUGGACUGGAAAUGUGUGGCGUGCGGGCAGGUGGAUUUGGUGAUAAGGAACCAGAAGUGUACUGGGAUGGUGGACACGGGCGCAAAAAUGAACAUCAUCAGGGAGAAGGAGGCAGUGAUGAUAGGCAUGGAGAUCGACUGCUCGGACCAUGGCAUGAUGCACGGCGCCAAUUGUAAGGCCGCUUUUUGCGGCACGACGUCCAACGUAAUCAUAGAAAUCGGGAAGGUACGGGCCAGGACUUGCUUUUUCGUCAUGCCCGAUGUCGACCAUCCCAUCCUCCUGGGGAGGUCGUUCUUGUGUCGAACAGAAACGUUGAUCUUCAACAAGCACGACGGAACAAUGAUCCUGCUCCUGUGCGACCCGUUGUGUGGGAAUUAUGAAGUUAUCACCUGCCGAAACACGGGGCCGGGGAGCGGAAGGAACAGGCCUAACCUCGGCUCGUUCACCUUCGAGGAAUCGGAGAACGAGCGAAGACGGCUUUGGGAAGUGCCCGAGGAGGAAGAUAGGCCUGAGGUGCUGACAUUGAGCCUCACGAAUAUGAAUAAGGCCAUGGAGGUGGUAUCGGCUCACGACAUGGCGGAUCCGGAGGCCAUUAAGGCAUUGAGGGAACAGGUUUUGGAGAACCCUCAGGACUUGCAACGGCUAAAUGCGGUGACAAUGCGGGACGCGGGAGGGUUGCCGAACGCGGACGCGCUGUCAGAGUCGUGCUCAGGGAGGCCUAUAAUCUCGCUUAUAGACCUCUACUCUGGGUACGACCAAUUCCCUGUAUACCCGCCAGACAGGCCCGUAACGGCGAUGCACACACCCAGAGGGUUGAUUCACAUGAACGGGGCGCCUCAAGGUUGGACGAAUGCGGUGGCGAUGGUGCAAAGGCAUAUGAUCAAAGCCAUGCAAAUGGCCAGCCCACAUAUCACCCAGCCCUAUAUCGAUGACCUGUCAGUCAAAGGUCCGAAGGAGAAGGGGGAAGACGAAGUGAUGCCCGGUGUGCGGCGCUUUGUCUGGAAGCAUGUUCAAGACAUCGAUCAGGUUCUGGGGUUAUUGGAGGAGCACAACCUGACGGCGAGCGGCCCCAAGUCGAAACAUUGUAUGAGGGAGGCCACAAUUCUAGGUUUUGUCUGUAAUAAGAAUGGGCGAAGGCCUGACGUAAAGAAAACAUACAAGAUUCUCGAGUGGCCGGUGCCCUUCCGCUCGAUAACAGAUGUGAGGAGCUUUCUUGGGACGUGCGGAUUUUGGAGGAACUUCGUGAGGGGCUUCGCCACGAAGACGGAGCAUUUAAGGAAGUUGGUGCGCCAGGAUCAGGAAUGGGUCUGGGGCGAAGACCAGGAAGAGGCAGUCGGUAGGAUGAAGGGAGAGUUUAAGGAAGGAGGCUUGGUACUGGGAGCGCCAAACUACGAGGCCACGGAGGAGAGACCAUUCGUCAUUGAGACGGACGCUGGACCAACUGCCUUGGGAGGAGUCCUGAUUCAGAAAGAUACUGAGGGGAAGGAGAGACCGCUAAGAUUCGAAAGAACGCACAACCUGGUGGAGGAAAUGAGGACAAUAGAAGAAGGCUCCACUCAGGUAGAGGAGCAUGAGCAGCUAAUGGGAGGGAUGUACCUGCUCACCAAUACGCUCCUGCAAGGAGACUUUGACCGGAAGGGCUCGUUCAGUCAUGAAGGAAACGAGAUUUUGGUUCCUGAAAGUCGGGAUGACGAAUUCGAGGAAGGAGAAAUCAAGGAGGCGUUUUGGGCAGAGGAGUACGAUGGGAUCUACCGGGAAUUGGGGUUGCUCCUAUCAUGUGAGAUGAGGGAUAGAGAUGCAAGUGCCAAGGAACAGAAGAUGAGGCACCUCUAUGUGGUAAGAGACGACCACUUGUUUAUAAAGCGGCAGGUCGGGAACCCCAAGAGGAUCGUAUGUGGAAGAAACCGGCAAAUUGAUAUCAUAGCGGCCCUACACGAUGGUAUAGCAGGGGGGCACAGAGGAGUAGGUGCCACAUGCGCGAAGAUAAGCGAGCUCUACUAUUGGGACGGGAUGCUGACGAUGGUUAUCAAAUAUUGCCGGUCCUGUGGGCUGCCUAUUCGGUUGGAGGAAGGCAAUGCGGAGGAGUUUAUCCUUGCCUAUGAGCAGUAUAUGCGCGACCAGGGGACUGGGCAGGAGGAGUGGAUGCAGACGCUGCCCCUCUGGACGCAGAGCCCUCUGGACGCAGAGGGCGGAAAGGCCGUUGGCGAGGCAGAUCCGAGACAGGGCUCGCGACUAGGAGGACUGCCAGGCCCAGCUGAGACAGGCAUUUCGACGACUGGAGCCCGAGAGACCAGAGCCCAGGGUGGAGAGACGACAGAGGAGUUGGAGGCUCAUCUCGAUGCGUCCCAGUGGAGGGCGUCACAACUGGGAGCGGACCAGAGCGGACCGGCACGGUAUGAGCCAGUAGAGGAUGAGCCAGUGGAGGAGCCACCUGAGCCGAGGCCCGAGGGAGGGUCUCGUGGACCCGAGGAGCCGCAGACUGAGGGGGUUAUCACGGUUGGGGAUGAUACCCCUCCCCCUGCCCCGAUUCUGGAGCAGGCGGGGCCAGAGGAGGGCGAGUGGGCGAGGACUCCUACUACUGUGGCGCCACAACUAACUGAGCCUACAGGUGAGCGCAUGGACGCGGAGGUGCCGACAUCCGGGGAGCCUCCGCCAGGGCCGCCACCCGCAGAGGAGGAGGCGAGUGAGAGAGAUCCACUGCGAGAGGUUCAUGAGGCGAGGACAGGGAGGCCACCGGGGGAGAUGAAAGAAGAAAAGAGCGCGAGGGUGCAGGUACGCCUCGAGGAGUUAUACCAGGAAAAGCUUAGGAUGGAGGUCGCAGGAGAAGCGCCAAAGUCGCCAAUUGACCCUCCAACGAGCGAGCAGAGGAUUAGCGAGGCUUGGGCCAGCUAUGAGAGUGAGAGGGAUGCUGCUCGCCUGAGGUUACGAGAGGUAGGACAGGAGAGUGCGAGGGUGGACGAGGCACGAGAAACAGAGGACUUGGGAUUUUCAGCCUCCAGGAUGGAGAUUGAACGUGCAGACAGAAGGAUAGGUGAGGUGGCGAUCUCAUCCUUCCAGCGGUACUCCCUGCUCAGCGAUGAAUUGGCGGCCUCGAGGUUAGAAGUGGGACAGUUGUCCACCCAGUUGGCGGAAAAGAGGGCAGAGAACCAAGCGUGGAGGUCCCGCAUGGAAGCCAAGGAGGCGGAAUGGGAGAAGAGGCUCCAGGACAUGGCGGCAAUAGGAGAGCAGGGGAAGGAGGUACAGGGGCUCUUUGACCAGGAAGGAACGACAGAGACGCCACAGCAAGAGGGAAUGGGAAAGGUAUUCGUGGACCCAACAGAGGCGGCAGCAAGGCGGGAGGCCGAGGAGAGGAGGUUCAGCUUCAGGACUCCCACGGAGUUCGCCCCGCAACAGGCCACCGCUAUGACGAUUGAGGUUCCUGGGGACGAGCCGGCGCAGAGACCCCAACCUCUAGUGGCGGAGGGGGGCCCCACAGAGGAGUCCCCUAUGAUCCUUUUGGAGGUGCAGGAGGGUGUCCUUACGGGAGCAGCAGCAUCCACUGAGCCGGAGGUAAUGGGUGGAGAGGCGUCUCGACUGGACGAGUUGGUGGCAGCUAUGGAGCUGGACAUGCCGUCAAGAGGGCCUCAGAGGCAGGAGACCCCGGAGCGCGUGCCAGAGAUAGGGGAGUUGAGGACGCAGUUAGGCUCUUGGGCUACUGGAGCUGGCUCAGGAGAGCACAUCUCAGAGCAGCAGCAGGAAGUUAUGAGCGAGUCAGCGACUGCCGUGAUUUCCCAGCCUUUUAACCUGCAUAGGGACGAGGGGGCGACACUCCAGCGUACCGACCCGAAGGAGAUGAGAUGCUAGCAGGGCCGAGUACCCAGAUGAUGGAGGCAGGACCGGCAAAGUCAUGGAGUAUGCCCCAGAGCCACGAGAUGA